AUGGCGCUGUCCUGCUCUAGCCUGUGCAGCCGUCUGUCUUUGAUCCGGCUCUGUGGUCUCAGGGCCAACAUUAUAACUAAUGGCCUUUAUUCUCCCAGUGUGUCCCAACAGUCCAGGUUGUCCCUGUGUAGAUACUACUCCACAUCUAAAGUUAGGCGAGGUAUCGGUCGCUACGUCUCCUCCAGGCUCCAGUUGGCAAAUGUCAAAUAUGAAAGUUUCCUCAAACGAAGAUUUCCCCGCUUUUAUAAGCUCUACCACACUUUUAUUCAAGGAUUCAAGUUACUUUUCCAAGACGCUAAAGAUGUGAGUCGGAUAAAAGUGAAGAUGGGCAGCCAGAAUCUGCAGGUCCAGGAUUUACCGUACAGGGAGAUGGAGAAACUCAGACAGUUUCGCAGAGACGUGAUUAAGGCCAUUCCUCUGGUGAUGAUCUCAAUCCCGCCUUUUGCCAACUACCUGGUUUUUGUCUUGAUGUACUUUUUCCCCCGUCAGCUGCUCAUCCCUCACUUCUGGACUCCCAAGCAGCAGGUGGAGUUUCGGGGCGUUUAUCAUUCCCUUAGGGCACAGCACCACCGGCCGGUGCUCGAAGGGCUCGAUUACGUCAGCGGCCAUGUCAAAGACGGUCAGCUGCAGAGUCGCCUUAAGGACCUGUGCGCUAAGGUGCAAAAUGGAGGAAGCCCUCAAGUGUCUGAAAUCCUCGCUGUCCGACGCCUGUUUUCUGGACCUCCUCUGGGCAUGAAGAGGAUGAGAGUGGAUCAGAUGAGACACAUCAGCCCCCUGCUCUUCCUCACGCCUCGCCUCCCGGGCUUCCUGAUUGGCCAGCGGCUGCAGAGACACGCCCUGGAGCUGCUCCAGCUGGACCGCGCACUCAGCCGGCUGGGCGCUCACCAGCUGAGUGACAUCGAACUCAGACAUGCUUGCUUCGUUAGAGGGCUGAACUCUGAUAGUCUGAGCACUAACGAAUGUCGCGAGUGGUUAUCUCAGUGGCUUCAGAUGUCUUCCUCUUUGAAAGACUCCGAGUUGUCGCUGCUCCUGCACAGCAUUGUAUUUCUCUCAGCCAACAGCCCAACUGGCUCUGACCGCCACUGACAGGAAGCCUGAAGCAAUGUGCUGUUUUGCGAUUACGCUCUAUUUUGUGCUACAACUGCACAGCACAACUUCCUAUAAGUUGUCAACAUCUCCUUUCACACCAAGGAAAAGUCAAAAAGAAA